AUGGCAGUCCUAAUAGGAAGCGAUAUUAUUAGUAAUGUUUCUAAUAACGGAAAUAGUUGUAGACAGGAUACACAAAGUAAUCGAUGUGUAUAUGAAUGCAUUAACGUCACAUUUCAAAACAUCUCACCGAUUCCAUCUGGAAUCAUGAUUCUUAGAAUCUCAAAUUCUGUGAUAAAACAUUUAUUAUCACUAAAUAGUACAGAAAUUGUGACGGUCAUGAUGAAUUUCUGCAAUCUAUCGGAUAUUUCAUUGGGAGCUUCCAUUUUCGCGAUAAAUUUAGGGAGACUUGAUUUGUUAUACAAUCUGCUUAAAACUCUUAAAUUCAAGAAUGAUUCCCAUUUUUUCAUUCGAAAUUUAAUUAUUUCCCAUAAUGAUUUCGUGGCUGUUCCAUUACUCUACUCCUUACAACAGUUGACUCAGCUUGACCUCUCACAUAAUAAAAUUCGCUACCUUGCUGGCUAUGAUUUAUUAUUGCCCAAAUUGGAAGUGGUCAACCUAUCCUAUAACCAGCUUCAUGUUGUAAAAUCCAUGAGUUUUGGAGAUAUGAUGCCGAUUAUAGAAUUAGAUGGAUGUCCACGGCCAUACGAUUGUCAUCUACGAGAUUUUGUAAUAUUCCAACGGAAAACUUUAGACCCAAAUCAUCGCAAUGUUAUGAACCAGUACAAAUUCGUGGUAUCAACUGGAAUGACCUCGGUUUAGAGGUAAGCCAGGUUUUUCAUCCAAAUCAAAUCAUUUUUUUUUUUUAAAAAUUGGGGAUUGCAAGUUUUAUUUUUUUUUUCCAAGAUGCUAUCAGAAUUUUCGG